AUGGGUGUCCAACUCAAAGGAAAUGGUACGGGGGAGCCUCCCAUGAAUCCCACAAUCGCAGUGCCUUUGUUUGUCGCCGGUGGUGUCGUCGCUAUCAUGUUCACCUGGCAAACUGCCAUUCGCAUUCACAAUCGCCAAAGAUCGAAGAAGGCUAUGAAUGGAGGAGACCAGACACAACUGGCAAAGGCGGGUUGGCUUGACGCUACCCUCAAGAAGCACAUUUUCUAUGCGCCUAUCUGGGGAACCCGCCACAGUCGCGAGUUUCGAUUCCUCAGACUCCACAUGGGAUCGAUUCCUCUGAGGUUGGAGAUCAUUGCUUUGUUGAUAUACCUCGCGCUCAACCUGAUCUUCAUCAUCGUCACGGUGGACUGGUGGAUCGACGAUUACGCCAAGAAGAUGUUCCAACUCAAGUAUUCUGCAGGCCAUUUGGCUGUCAUGAACACACCGGGGUUGGUUCUCGCUGCUGGAAGGAACAAUCCGUUGGUUCAAAUUUUGGGGAUAUCCUUCGACACCUUCAAUUUCAUGCAUAGAUGGGUUGGUCGGAUGAUCGCAGCCAAUGCUGUCAUUCACAUGAGUGCUGUAUUGGCUGGUCACGCUUACAGUUAUGGCACCGACUACGUCCUAUAUACCAUAUGGCAGCAGAGGCUAUAUCUCGGCGGUCUCAUUGCCAUUCUUGGAUUCCUUUUCAUCGUCGUUCAGUCUUUGUCGCCGGCCCGACAUGCCUUUUACGAACUUUUCCUCCAUCUUCACAUAGCGUUGGCAUUGAUGUCUUUCGUCGCUCUCUGGUACCAUCUCAAGAACUUGUUGCAACAGCAAGUUCUCCUCGGCACGCUGAUUCUAUGGGGCCUGGACCGCGCAAGCCGCGUUGGAAUUCUUCUUUGGAGAAACCUUGGAAGAAAACCCACCACUGCCACAAUCGAAGCUUUACCUGGGUCUGUCGCUCGCGUCGACGUGGCGGUAUCUCGCGCAUGGCGAUUCCGUCCUGGUCAGCAUAUGUAUCUCUACAUGCCGCGCCUGGGUUUGUGGACUUCGCACCCAUUUACGGUCGCAUGGACAUCGACGUCGGGUACAGCAGCCCUUAGUGAGAAGCGUGGCUCGACUGAUUCUCUACGAGCUCUGAUUGGAGGAUCGGAAACAACGACCAUGUCUGUUUUGAUUAAAGGUCAAGAUGGCUUCACUAAGAAGUUGAUUCAAAAAGCCGAAGAUUCGGCUGAAGGGUCAAUCAAAGCGAUGGCGUUGGCAGAGGGACCAUUUGGUAUGAACGCCUUUCUCGGCUCCAUUUCGAUCGCUAACGUUAUAGGUGGCAUUCACUCGCUUGAAUCCUAUGGCACUUUGCUACUCAUCGCCGGCGGCAUUGGCAUCACUCACCCUAUGUCUUAUCUGAAUGAGGCCAUCAGUACAUUCAACGAUUCGAAGACUGCCACUCGCAAAGUACAUUUGGUGUGGAUUGUCCGCAGUUUAGGUAUGAAACAAGCCCUCUCGGUAUCUGAACAAGGACUAACAUGGACAGACCAUCUUACUUGGAUUCAAACUUUCAUGACGGAGAUCCUCGGUCACGAUUCCUUGAACAGCCCAAUCAGUCCCAACGGCCACUCAUAUUUCCAGUUCCCACAACUGAUGCUCUCCAUCAGCCUGCAUGUCACAGCUCACAAGGACUCCGUCGAAGAGUACAUCCCACAACCAGACACGCCGUGGAUGCAGUGUGCCCCACCUAGCGUGCCUGUUAACAUCCACCAUGGCAAGCCGUGUAUCAAAUCUAUACUGGAGAAGGAGAAAUCAAACCAGAUAGGUGCGAUGGCGGUGAGCGUCUGUGGUCCCGGUGGCCUGGGCGACAGUGUUCGGGAAGCCGUGAGAGAUGUGCAGGGAGAGAAGACGGUUGAUUUGUUUGAAGAGGCGUUUUCAUGGUGA